AUGUUCCCGCAGUUCGGGGCCACGGCGGAGAGCCUGAGCAAGGCGUCGAGCUUGGUGUUCCGGAUCGGCACCGACGCGCACUUGUAUGAUGACCCGGACGACGUCAGCAUUGCCCCUCUCCUCGACAGCAGCUUCGACUCUGAGAAGGCGGAGGCCCUCAAACGGUUGCUGGCUCUUAUCGCGCAGGGAGAAGAUGUAUCCAACUUCUUUCCCCAGGUCGCGAUUUCCCUUGAGAAGUACACUUCUAUCUACGGUAAAUUAGGAACACAAUUCGGCGGAUAUCGAAGAAGAUAAAGGUUUUGGGGCUAGAAACACCGAUGACCUGUUAUUUUUUUAUAUAAAUUUUCAACUCGUGGACAACCUUCAACACAUCUGUUCGUGUUGGCUAAACUGGAAUACACGCUUCUACACCUGCCAACUUAUUUAUCAGAUAGAUUGUUGAAAUGGGACCUGAUUCCGACAAGAACACCAACGAUCAAAUGCCUAAAUAUUCCAUAUUAAGUUGCCUUGGGUUGGGUCCUUACAGUUAUUUAAGGAAUUGCAAGAUCUUUUAUAGAAAUCAGAAUCCAAGUCCUGAAUUUGCCCUCGUGGUGAACAGGACACGCUACAAAGGUAAAAAGUGUGCGGUCACAAAACCAUUCGGCAUGGAGUGAUUUUUUUAAUUUUUUAAUGAACAGGUUGUCAAGAAUGUGGCAACUCCAUCGUCGGAAGUGAAGAAGCUCGUGUACUUGUAUAUACUCCAUUAUGCUGAAAAGUAUGUUUUCUUCUUCUUCAACUUUGCAUUCUUUGCUUGCGUAAGUGGUUUUUUGGAAAUGAAUCAAGCUCUUGCUGGCGUCUUGUUCUGCUCAUCUUAGUGGUAGUUGCACGCUUCUAUGACGAUCCACUUUAUUUUCAUCUAUAAUAUGAAAGGAACCAAACCUCUUUGGUUAAUGAUAACGUCUGAAAACAGGUACAGGCCUCUAAAUCUGGGAUCUACUGUCCUUACUUUCACACAGCACUUGCUCUCGUCAAAAAGUCAGUUAAAACUCUUUUAAGCCGUCGGCACUUACAUCUUGUUUCUCACUUGGGUUCCCCCUCUACUCUUAUAUUUUACUUCAGAGUGCAGCAUGUAUGAUCACAUUAGAGAUAGCUGUAGGUGCACUUCAUGUUGAUGCAUUAAUUGCGAGAAAACUAGAACAAAACGGAAUCUUCUCUUCCUUUUUUGGGCUUUGAAAAUAUUCACAAAUGAUGUAAUGGAAAUAAUGAUUUUGAAAAAUAUUUUCACUAAAAGUUUAGGUGAAUGAUAUUAUUUUGCAGCAUUCUAGCCUAGGUAGGCCUACUUUACCCAUUAAUUUUUUUCCUAGGUAUAUGAUACUGUGAAGUCGAAUUACUCUGUAGGUUGGCAUUUAAAUGAUGGACCGUGUAAAAUGGUACAUUCUUCUCUUUUUUGAAUAACCUUGCUUGAGUCUAGUCUUAAACUGUCAGUCAUUUAUUGGAUUAGACUUACAGUGAUGCCAAAAAUGAUAGCAAGGUUGGUGAUAAUGAAUGUAGAACUUCUCAAGCUUGUCAUGUCAGCAGCCAUUGGCUGAUCUGGUGCUUACAGAUUUUAUUUAACUUUCAUAGGCGUCCAAAUGAGGCAUUGCUGUCAAUAAAUUGUUUUCAGAAGGACUUGUCUGAUGCUAAUCCAUUGGUGCGGGCUUGGGCUUUACGUGCUAUGAGUGGAAUCCGGUUACAUGCCAUAGGCCCUAUUGCUUUAGUGGCUUUGAGCAAGUGUGCUAAAGAUCCUUCUUCAUACGUCAGAAAAUGUGCUGCCAAUGCACUAUCAAAGUUAAAUGAUCUGCACCAGGAGGAGAAUGCUUCAUCUCUUGAAGAGGUUAGGUUGCUCUUUUUCUGGUAAUUGUUUCGUGGAUGUGUUUCAUAUGGUUUGUAAUCGAGGCAAUUUUCCUUUGCAUUCUUUUUCAGCUUGUCAGCAUCUUGUUGAAUGAUCAUUCUCCCGGAGUAGUUGGAGCUGCGGCUGCAGCCUUCAAUUCUAUUUGCCCCAAUAAUCUUUCACUUGUGGGAAGAAUUUUUAGAAGGCUAUGUGAAACUGUUCCUGAUGUUGACGAAUGGGGUCAGAUUGCCUUAAUUAAUAUACUUUUGCGAUAUGUCAUAGCAAGACAUGGACUGGUGGAAGAGUCUAUAAUGGCUUCCUCACAUCCCUCUGAGAAUUCCGAUUCUAGGAGGGAAUUAUUUUCUAUUCCCGCACCUGACCGUGGUUCUAUUCUUGUUGAGGUUGAACCCUCCGAACAUAUAAUGAGGGAACUUAUGCUUCGACAUUAUAUAGAAGGACCGGAACAAUAUUCAUCAAGACAGAUUGACGCUAAGGAAGAUGAUAAUGGAUCAAAUAAUAACUCAUAUUUUACCUCCAUUGAAAACAAUGACGUGAAGCUCCUUCUGCAGUGCACAUCACCUUUAUUAUGGAGUCAAAAUAGCGCAGUAGUACUUGCAGCUGCUGGAGUGCAUUGGGUUCUGGCCUCACAGAUGGACAUGGAAAAUAUUGUGAAACCAAUACUUUUCGUUUUGAGGUCCUCUUACGCUUCGAGAUAUGUGGUAUGUUACUUUUGCUCUUUCUAAAAGUUUUCUCUUUUCUAGCUUUUACGUUUAGGAAUUGUUAUAAAUUGUUCAUGAUACUUUUUUGUGCAUAUUCAUCUUCCCAAAGAAUAGAUUGUAGCUUGAUUUUCACCAAAACUUGAAAGCACAUUCUGUGAAUUGUAGAAUGUAGCCCUGACUUCGUCAUUUUUGUGCACAGUCUGAUAUCGCAAACUUCUACCUUUCUCAUCCGUCAAUGCUUUCUGGCUUCCCAACUAACGUUGUCUCUUCCUAAUGUUUUUUUUUUAGUUUUUUUUGCAAUGGAUAUUUCUUUUCUUUUUGCUUAAAUCCAACCAUUUGUGAGGUGACAUAUGACAUGCGAGAUCAUCUUUUUUUCAGGUGCUCCGAAAUAUCCAAAUAUUUGCUAAGGCUAUGCCUUCACUUUUCUCGGCAUACCAUGAAGACUUUUUUGUGUCUUCGUCUGAUUCAUACCAAAUGAAAGUCCUGAAAUUGGAUAUAUUGUCUACAAUAGCUGCAGAAUCGUCAAUUCCAUUUAUUUUGCAGGAGUUCCAGGUAUUUAUCUUGUUUAAUACGACCUGGAAAUUAAAAAAAAUACAGCCAUUCGAUGGUUUUAGCACAUUUAUCCAUGAUUGUCCUGGGAGCUUCAUAUUUAAGCACUUCAAUUUUAUAUGCAGGCGGGGAUGCAUAGUGUGGCCAUAGUAACCAGAAAAAAACUUUGGAAAACUGUACCUGGCAAACAGGGUUUGAGAAACCAUUAGGGAUAAUGUUAUGUUUAUGCCUGGAUUUGUUCCUGCAUACCCUUUUCAUGGAUUAUGUUUAUGCCGAUGUGCAUAAAAUUUGGCCUUUUUAAUUGGAUCUGGGCCUCGAAUUGAUCAUGGCUGACAUAGUCUAAGUUGACAAUGGAAUGGCUGAAUUGACUUAUUUGAGGACAAAUCUAGGCAAACAAAAGAAAAAUGAUACUUCAAAAAUUUUAAAGCACCUGAUAUUUAGAACAAAAGCCAUAAAAACGAGAAUUCAGAAGAUGGAUUCUUUGAAAAGUAGCAUACACCUUUAUAACCCUCCAUGCAGAGCGAGUCAAUAGGCUGCUUGUGGCAUUAACAGGUGGUGGUGGGAGUAGAUUUGUGCCCUUGCUUUUUCCCAUAAAAAAUGUGGAUCUUUCCUCCUCUUCCUCAGAGAAUUGUUAAAAUGUUCAAUAGUCUUGGGGAUUGAUCAAUCCAAGUAAGAUGGUUGGACUUCUGAUGCAGUUUAGACUUUCAAUUUCAUAGGGUGGGGGGACGUCAAUUUUCGAAUGUAUUUCAUUUUUGUGAUGAUAUAUUCCAUUGUCCAUGAUUACUUCUUGGUACUACGACAUUUUAGUUACAAAAUUAUGGGUAUUUGGUGUUUCUCUCUCUAAAAGAUAUAACUAAAGCCAGUCCAUGGGAGUGAAGAGGGCAAGAGUCCACGUUCCUAACUUCCUAUGCAAAUAUCUGCAAUUCACUAGGAAAGAUGUACAGGCUCUGUGCAUAAGGACCAACAAAAAAAGUUUUACUUUAUUUUCUUCAAUAAAUCAUGGAAUACUUUUUUAUCUUCUCAUUCGAGAUAUGAUGUAUAGCAGGCGUUUGCUUAUGUGAAUGCUGAUUUUUCCCUCAGAUAGCCAUGAUUAAACCAUUUGUUAUCAGAUGCAUGGACUAAUUUCUUUCUAGUGUUAAUGUGCUGUCAGGAUUACAUCAAAGAUCCAGACAGGAGAUUUGCUGUUGAUGUGGUUGCUGCUAUUGCUCUCUGUGUUAAAAAUCUUCCAUCAGUUGCCAAAACUUGCUUGGAAGGGCUUCUAGCCAUUGUAAAGCAAGGUGUGUCGAUUAAUCAUUUUGUUUAUGUUUUUGAUAUUCAUGAGAAAUAUUUUUUAGGCGCUGACUUUUCCAUAUGCUAUAGAGUCUUCCAUUAAGCAUUAUGGCUCUCUAGAAGGUGAAGCUGGUGUCUUGAUUCAAGCAAUAAUGUCCAUUAAAACCAUAAUUAAGCAGGAUCCAGCCAAUUAUGAGAAGGUUAAAAUCCUAUCUCUGUUACGCAUUGUGAAAUUUUUUCACAUUAUAUCUUUUGGGUUAUCCUACUAAUUGGAGUAUCUUUAUAUGCGCAUUUUUUUAUAUUUUUAAUUUAUUAGGAUGCGUGUAAGUUGACUUUUGGGCUUUAUAAUUUGAACAACUUAAAUCCGGUAUGCACAAUCCAAGAGCAGCUAUCAACCCUGAUAUCUAGUGAAAAUUUUAGGCCACCUAACCCAAAAUCAGUUGACUCUGUGUGGAGUAGGUCCAUCUCUACAAUCACAAGUUUACUUUCAUACAACCAAUAUUAGACUCAUCUUUAUGGAGUAUGUCGUCUUUUAGGCCAUGGAACCGAAAAUUAAUCACAAAUUUACUUUUCUAACACCAAUAUGAGAUUAUUCUAACAUACCUAUUUAAUUAUGUGGUUGUUUCGUCAUCAACUCUAGUUAUAAAUCUAGUGGAAGAAAGAGUGUGGCAUAGUUUAGUAUGGAAGGUAUCAAUUACUUUGAAAUUUUCUUUACAUUUGAUUUUUUUUUUCCAAUUUAUGGUCUUAGGCAUGGAUUGAUCUUUGAUUUAGUUCAAUCCUGUUGUGUAGGUUGUUAGAUUAACUAGUAAAUAUCUGAUUUUGUUAUUUUACAUGUAGCAUUUUUUUAUUUUGGUAGGGCGUGGUCAUUCCUAUGUGUUUAUUGAAAGAAAAGUGAAAUACAGCAAUAAAUCCCAAAACUGAAAAAUGAAAUUGAACAAAUAGAAAAACACCAUAACACAAUAGAAAAUUGGGGAUACCUUUUUCUCCAGAUUAUGAAAUUCAUUCAAUCCUACCCAAUUUGAUCGACUCUCCUUAAUAUCUCGUGAUGGCUGCUUUGUGAGCAUUUUAAAUUUAUUCAUUCUUGAUACUCAACUGUUUUCGCUUCUGAUCUGCACUUACUUUUUUUUUUAGGUGAUUGUCCAUUUAAUUCGUAGCCUGGAUAAUAUUAAAGAGCCUUCAGCACGUGCGCUGAUCAUUUGGAUUGUGGGGGAAUAUAGCGACGUUGGGCAUAUCAUACUGAAGAUUAUUCCUGUUGUAGUUAGUUAUCUUGGUCAGUGCUUUAGUUCUGAGGAGCUUGAAGCAAAGCAUCAAAUUCUGAAUACCGUUGCUAAGGUAGUCUUAAAUCAAGGAUGAAACACAUCACUCCAAAGUCUAACUUAGAAAUUAUUAUUCUGUGUUGUGCACCGUUAAAUGCCAUUCUGAUUCUUCAAAAUCUGCUUUCCUGAUCAAUGCCCUCCUUUUCUUUAAUUCCCUUGAAGUUUUAUUUGUCUUGUUUCAUUGAUACGUUAAUAAUAUCAGGGGAAAUGAGAUUUAUGAUCCUGGUUUUUCCUAUUCCGAAUGGCUUGCCCUUCGAGGCCACGGAAGGCUUCUUAAUUGAAAUAUGUAGGUCCACCAUAUGCUGUAUCUAAAAUUCUCUUCUUCAGCAGACAGAGUACACACUUUUAUUGCUGAAUGGGUGCGAGAAUAACUUCGGAUUUUUUUUUUUCUUGUUUGAGUGGGGGUUAGGAAUCUGUACCAGUGCGAACAACGAUCGUCACGGAGUUUUUUUAGUGGAUACGAAAAAUAUAAUGUACUUCUCUUUCUUUCCUUUUUUCAAAUUUAGUGAAUAUUUGUUUCUAUCCAAUUUCAUCUAAAUCAUAUUAUUUUGUGUUCCUUCUGUCCUUGGUUUCUUUCCCAUUGGAGGUAUUUUUUGUGGGUCCCAACUGUAUAUCACGUGCACUUUUUCUGGGCCCAAUUUUUUGGUAGGUUGACUUAACGGUAUUUAACAUUACUCUGUCGGACACAUGCUAUCUCUAAAUUUUUUCCUUUAUUUUCCUUAGAUUGUAUUAAGUGCUCAGGGAGAGGAGCAUGAACUUUUCAGAAAGGUCCUUUUCUACAUUCUUGACCUAGCGAAAGUCGAUUUGAACUAUGAUAUUCGUGAUCGAGGUCGCAUGAUAGAGAAGCUUGUCACUUCUCAGCCAAAAAUUUCACAUCAGGAAGGAAUCCUGCAUGUGGAACCAGAUAGUAUUCUGCUCGACGAACUUCUGAAAAACAUGUUCUGUGGAAAGAUACAGUCAGUGACUGGUGCAAUUAAUCACUUUCGGUUGUAUCUCCCUGGAUCACUUUCACAAAUAGUUCUACAUGCAGCUCCGGGGUAUACACCCCUUCCACAGCCUUGCAGUCUACCUGAGAUGGCUCUUGAGAACCGGAUGUCACAAGAUGGGAUUGAGGCUGCCAAUUCAUCGGAUUCAUCAUAUGAAGGCAGUCAAUCCAGUUAUUAUGAUUCUGAAGGUUCUAUUCCCAGCCCAGUUGAUGGCGAAAAUCCUGAUUCUGGAAGUGAGUCCGAUGUUGCUGACAAUGAUCACUACAUGCUUCGAGGAGCAAAUGGCUCUCCAGAUGCAACCGCCAUUGGUCAGCUUAUUCAUCUUACUGAUACCAGUAUUCAUGAUGGGACAGCAAAACAAAGCACAGCGGAAAAUAAUACAUCCUCAGCUACUGAUCUGACAAACUUAAUGUCCAAGUCUGCUCUGGAGAGUUGGCUGAACGAACAACCUUGUUUGCCAAGCGUGAACUCAUCAGCUGACCCAUCAAGAGAAAGGUCUUCUGCUAGAAUUUCUAUUAAUGAGAUCGAAGUAAGUGUGAAACCUAAGCUCAACGUACUUCUUGAGCCUGCGAAUGGGAAUGGUUUAAGAGUAGGAUAUUCUUUUACUUCCGAAAUCUCAAAAAUUUCCCCCUUGUUAUUAUGUGUGGAGAUUGUCUUUGAAAACUUAUCUCCCGAGCCUUUAAAGAAGAUAUCUCUGAGGGAUGAAGGAUCUACUGCAAAUCCAGAGUUUGCGACCCAAGCAUUUGGAAUACAUGACAGGUGCGUCAACUUCUGUCAAUCAUUAGAUUGGCUUCAUUUUUGUUAUGAUGUGUCAUAGAAGUCUAUUGGGCCAGCACUGAUAAUUAUUCGUCCAAACUUUGUUUGCAGUGCGCUAGAGCCCUCUAAAGUCCCAACGAUAGUGCCUAUGGAAGAAAUUGACUCUCUCCAUCCAGGAGAUAUGGCAAGGAGUAUUCUUCAAGUGCAUUUUCAUCAUCACUUGCUACCUCUCAAGCUGGCAAUUUACUACAAUGAGAAAAGGCAUCCGGUCAAAUUGCAACCUGACAUUGGAUAUUUCACAAGACCUAUCGCCAUGGAUUUAAACGCAUUCACAAAGUUAGAAAAUCAUCUGCGAGGGAUGUUUGAAUACAGUAGAAGGUUUAUUUUACGCCUUGUCUUAUUAUCAAGUACUACACUUUGUUGAUGAAGGAGGAGAUAAACUAGGAACUAUCAUAAACUUAAUAUACUAAGGGGCCUUUUCCUGUAUAAUCUGAAUUUCGAAGUUCACAAGAUUUUACUUCACACUUCCAUUUAAAUUUUUCAUUCGAAUUAUCUCGGGAAAAAGAAUUAUUUUUCAAUUUCAUCCAGGGAUUUGCAGAGUGAGCCUAUCCAUUGUUGUUGGUGCUCUGAUAUUGCUAGCGUAAGAACCAAAGCAUGGUACAUGCCCACAUCAGUCUUCAGCUCGAUCCUAUUUGAGGAUGCCUAAUGUUUUUCAUGGGAAAACCUUUUGUCUGGAAAAAUAAAAGAAAUGCACCAACAUCUCCUCGGAGCAUUCAAUUCCCAUAGAAUUUAGAUGGACUUCAUUGUAUGCAUUUCUUUAUGUGUGUUCUGUUUUUUUUAAUCAAGUUGUCUUGAACAUGUACACUGGUUACCAUUAAGAAGUUGAGUCUGAUAUGAUGUGGGCAUCUUCUUGCAGGUGCACCUUUGCCGAUCAUAUCAACAUUGUGGACCAGGAGAAGGGUCAGUCUUCAUUGAAUGAUGACAAAAUUCUUUUAAUAUGCCGUAAAAUCGCAGCAAAGAUGCUGAGCAGUGCCAGUAUUCACCUUGUUUCAGUGGAUAUGCCCAUUUUGCUUAAAUUUGACGAGGUCUCAGAUUUAUGCUUGAGAUUUAGUAGCGAAAUAUUGAGCAAUUCAAAGCCCUGCUUGAUUACUGUAACGGCUGAAGGUAAAUGCUCCGAAGCAUUGGACAUCUCUGUGAAGGUCAACUGUGAAGAAACGGUAUUUGGUCUAAAUCUGCUGAACAGGAUAGUUGCCUUUCUUUCUUCUAAUUCUGUCUCUUAA